AUGGGUCGACCGAAGCUGCAACUACCCCGUCUGACGCUGAAGUCUGCCAACAAAGAACCGAUCAACGUUCGGGAAUGCUACGGAUACAACUUCGUCAUUGAUGGUCAUCGAGGAUAUGGUAUUGGGCAUUUAGCUGACACGCCGUCGCUGUUGGGCUUAGAUUGGAUCGCCCAAUACGAGCCGCUGUUUCGUCCCUUGACAGAAGACUCCAUCUGCAACAUCUCUUCAAGCUUGACUCAGCCGAAGCCUGGUAUAUUCCAACAAUGUUUGGAUGCUCUUAUCGCUGGAUUGGAUGGAACUGCCGCCCAUCUCGACGACAUAUUGGUUGCUGGUAGAACCAUCUGCGAACACAAUGCCCGACUAGAGGCCGUAUUCAAGCGGAUUCAAGACUACGGAUUCCGCGUUCGAAUCGACAAUUGUGCUUCCCUGCAGACAGAGGCCACCUACCUUGGGUUCGUCAUCAACGCACAAAGACGACGCUCCGAUUCAGAAAAGAUCAAAGUUAUCCGGAAGAUGCCCGCUCCGAAGGACGUCAGUCAACUUUGCUCUUUUCUGAGACUCAUCAAUUUCUACGGAAACUUCGUCAAGGAUCUCCACAAUCUACGCGCUCUUUUGGACACUCUUACGAAAAAGGAUGUUGUCCACACAUGGACACCGGAGUCUUCCUUCGACAAGAUUAGGGCAAUCCUAAGCUCGGAUCUCCCGUUGACCCACUUUGAUCCAAGCUUCCCAGUCAUCGUUGCCGCUGAUGAUUCAAAUUACGGAAUGGGAGCAACCCUCUCACAUCGCUUCGCAGAUGAAUGCGAGAAGGUCAUUUAUCACGCAAGCCUGACACAACCACAGAAGAACUACAGCCAGAUUGAAAAGGGAGUACUCGCUCUUAUUUUCGCCGUGCAGAAGUUCCAUCGUUUCAUCUAUGUGCGACAUUUCACGCUGAACACUGACCAGAAACCACUUUUGGCAUUCUUCAGAAGCGGAAAAGGAGUUUCAGUCUACAGCGCCAACCGUCUUCAGCGAUGGGCCACCAUGUUGCUCAACUACAGCUUCACUAUCGGGUACAUCAACACAUAG